UUUACGCGCAUCUCUAGCAGCCAGUUACAAAUUUCAACACGAUGGCAACGCCAUGAAAAAGUGCCCGCGCAUAAGAAAAAGCGACAAAUAUACAAGCACUGCCAAUGAGAGUGAAAGAGCACACACUACAAACGUACGCUGUCGAAGGAAAGAGCUGCCAAGACAAACACGCGCUAGCCGAAGAAGUUCAGUUAGACAGCAGUUUUUGUAAUUGUUAAAAAUUCAAUUGAAUUGUAAAUUGAACGUAAGCAAUAAAUAAAAAUGUCUACAUCGGGACGUAAACGGAAACAGCAGCUGAAGCCGCGUCAGGAUGUGCACAGGUCGCCGGUGAAGCGUCAAAGUCUCGACGUGAAAACGGAGCCUCUGCUGGCCAGCAGCUAUCCACUGGCUGACUACGAUUGUGUCGACAUUAAACCCGAUCUAACGGAACUGCAGCUGCAACUGGCGGUGACAACGCAACUGGGAACGGCAACAACAGCAACAACAACGACAGACACUGAGGAAACGAAAUCAGAUUUGGAGUUGCAGCAAAGUGAUUCCGAUGAAGACGGUUACUCGGAGAUGAAUUUUGGCACACGCGAAGUCUUUUGCGAGGAUGAAGUGGAUGACUAUGACGCGGAAUGGACUGUGCAACAGACAACACCACGGCUCAUAUUUAAAUUUAAUACACCAAAUCAGCAAACGGGCCUUAAAGCAGUCAGGAAAUUUGCCUGUCCAUUGCACUAUUUCAAUCAACUUCUGGGCAAUCGCGUCGAGUUCUUUGUCCAGCUCGCUCAUGGCUGCAAUGCGAGAAACUUGACGUUGGGAGCAAAUGGUGAGGAGUUGGAAACAUUUGUGGGUCUCUGUCUGCUGAUGAGCGAUGUCAAGUUAUCCCAGCUAAGCGACUAUUGGAGCGAUAAUUUGUUUCAUGGAUUUGUUGGAUUUGCUCAAAAAAUGCCACUACAUCGAUUUCUUGAAGUGCUGCAGUCGCUGAGCUUUGAUGAGCUUACGGGGAAUGCAAGUGCCAGCAAUGCUGGAGGGGAUGCAGGCAAGCUGGUCAACUAUUUUAAUGCCCGCAUGUCCGAGCUGUAUGUCUGUGGUCAGCCAUUGGUGCUGAAUGAGCCCAUUAUUCAAUGGAAGGGAAAGUUCAGCUAUCAACAUGAGUUGCCGGAAAGAUAUCGCUGCAAUGCAUUAAUGCUGCACCUGCUGACUGAACAAAGUGGCUUGAUAAUCCGCAUCAUGCCAGAGAUUGUGGAACAACAUCUGGCAAGAAAUUCACGACAAUUGGUUGUGCAGCGCAGCCAGCUGGCAUUGCAAUUGCUCCAGGAUCAUCUACAUCUGGGACACAGCGUUUAUGUGUGCAAAUAUUAUGGCAGCUAUGGGCUCGCCCAUGAGCUCUCCAAGCUGGGCACCUAUUGCAGCGGACUGCUCGACAGGAAUCGGUAUGGCAACAGCAAGGCGUUGGUCCAUCAGCAGCUGGCAUCGAACAGCAUUGCCACCAGAUAUGCAACUCCUCUGAUGAUGGCCAAGUGGCGGCGACGCGAGAAAUGCGUCUAUUUCUAUAGCUCCGACUGUCUGGCCAUCUAUGCCAAGGAAAUGUCCAUGCAGAAGAUAAAUGCACGUCCCAAACUCAUACAACAGUUGGACUUUCAUCUGCGUCCCACGCAAUCCACCAGACAACAACUCAUAAGCUAUCAGCCUGCCUGCUCUGGCCUGCAACGACAGCAACAGCUGCUCAUCUAUCUGCUUAAUAUGCUCGUUUUUAAUGCCCAUCUGCUCUAUAUGGCUAAUGCACAGCCAUCUCGAGGAUUUCCCAGCUCGGAAGCUAAACUAAAGACGUAUGCGGAGUUUCGUGUGGCCAUCAUCAAGUCGCUGCUCAAGGAGGAAAACGUAGGAGCCGCAGCAACGCUACCAGAACCGUCAACACCUCCACAGACAGCUGCAGUCAGCAGCAAGUCAAAGACUAAGAUAAACCCACCGAUUCGAGCUGUUGCAGAAGCCAAGCUUAUUGAGCCUAAACAUGAACUGGUUGUAAUUCAACAGCACAAGACGAAGCCGGUGCGCAAGAAUUGCCAAUAUUGCAGCAAGGGCGGCAUGUUGCAAUUCACCAAGUACAUGUGCAACCUCUGCCCCAGUAAUCCAGGACUCUGUCAGGAUCCCUGCUUUCAAUUGUGGCACGAUCAACUCAAAGACCAAAAUAUGACAACAAAUGCAAACUAAAUGUAAAUUUGAUUAAAAUAUUCACUAAACAAAACUGUUUCGAGUUUCCAUUUCAAC